AUACAAUAAAAAUAAAAAAUAAAAUAAAUAAUACAAUAAAAAUAAAUAAAUAAAAUAAAUAAAUAAUACAAAAAUAAAUAAAUAAAACGAAUUGUCUUUUCAACCUCUUUUACCAUCUGAUAAAAAAUCGUUAUCACCCAAACGGUUCAUAACCACCCUGACUCUCAUUCCUGACCUCCCUGCCCCGGUAUAGAGCCACCUGUUGCGGGUGUUUGUCUGUUUAAAGACGUCCUCCAGCGGGCGGAGCUAAGAGAGACGCAGCCUGUGAUUACAGCACCGUGGACGCCAUCUGUCCUGCUCUGCUUCCGUGAAAUCCGAGCCCAGUUGCAAGAUGGUGACCAAGAGGAUCCGCUCUGAGUACAUGAAGAAGUUCAAAGACCCUAAGUGGGAGACGUACACCAGGUGUUACGAGGAGAUGCUGAAGUACCGGCUGACCCGCAGGCUGCUGGAGCACACACACAAACCCUGGUUCUGGAGCGGCCCAGACAGCGACUCAGACUCUGGAGGAAGGAGUCCUCCUCAUCCUGAUCCUCAUCCUCCUCCUAAUCCUCCUCCCAGUAAGAAGAACCAGGUGCAGGCCGACACCAGCAGAGACCGGGCCGAGCUGGAGGAGUGCGAGGGGGCGAGGAUGGAGAGGCAGCAGAGCAGAGCUGCGGGGUCUGUUCCCAGGCUGCCCCUUCAGGAGGAGGAGAGAGGGUCUGCAGUCCAUGGCGCACAGCUCGAAGGUGCCAGAGAGCCAGGAGGAGUACCAGAGGAGGAGAGAGAGGACAGUCAAGACAGAGAGAGAGACACUGGAGGACUCCAACCACAGCAGAGGAAACCCUCCAAACCCUCAAAGCAAACAUGGCGCUCCCACCGGGUCAGGCCUGCACCAACACUGCAGCCCAGGGACGACGGAGAGGAGAGCAGACAUCCUUUCGCUCUGUACGGUUCAGGAGAGAAGGAUGCAGACAUGGCGAGCAGGAAGACACACAACGUUGGCCCUUUAGCUUCGACUACAGAGAUCCAUGAGUCGGCUCUUCGUGCCAAGACCAGGAGGGAGGUGGAGCGUCAGGUCCAUACCCAGAGAGCCGAGCGCCGCCAGAGAGUCAAGUCUGCUGAUCUGGACAAGGCCAGGAAGGUGGUUCAACCAGAAUACAACCCCUGGCUCACUGAGUACAUGCGCUGCUUCUCUGCACGCUCCCGAUAAGACACACGUACAUACACUGAGCAGAAAUACUUACUUCAGAGUGAUUCCAGACCAAAAUAAAGCCAUUAUUGCCUCAAACCCCUGAAGUUUAAAUACCCAUAGAUGUAGAAUAGUAUGGAGUGGAUUGAUUCAUACAAAGGCUCCAAAAUGUGAAUCACUCUCGCAUUCAGGAUGUAAACUGACAAACUUUUAAACUCACUGUGUGGCUUAUUCCCCCAGAUGUGUACUAUCAUGUGUUUUAUACAAAUCAAUUUUAAUACUAUAUACAAUAAGAACCAUUUUACAGGGUAUCGGAGACUCUUGAAAGAAAUUAUUUGAAAUUAAAUGUAUAAUUAAUA